AUGGCGGCGACAAAGCAAGGGUUUCCGGCGAAAGGAAUUUACUACAGCAGACUCAGUGAACAGCCCGAGAUUGGCUUAUCACACGGUCCUACAGAGUCACCAGUAAGAAAAAGAUCACUAGUGGGACCUGAUUUGGUGCCACAUAUGACUGGAUUUUCUCAGGGUAUCAUACCACCGGGAUCUUCGGUCGAGAGACAUGUACACCCGUCGAAGUACGAAACUUUCUACUGUUUGAAAGGCCAAGGAAAAUUCAUCGUAGGGUCCAGCGAGGAGACUUGUAAAGAUGAUAUGGAGUUUGAAUUAGAGCCAGGAUGCUGUAUAACAGUGGCACCGCAGUUUUGGCAUUCCGUGCAUAAUACUGGUGACACGGAUGUGAUAUUGCUCUACUUUGGUGUGGCGUGUUAGAUUUGAUGUCUGGUUGGAUAUUAAACAGUGGAUAAUGUGAAGAUUUUAACCUCAUUUCAAGUGCGUAACUGGUACCAAAUGCAUUGACUGACACCAAAAGGCGCUACGUACAUCAGGGCAAUUAUUUCAGCAAUCCAUUUCGCUGGUGGUUUUCAUAUUUCAAUCUUCAUUGUCUUUGUUUGCGAUAAUAUCUUACGUAAUCAGAAAAUUUCUACUAUACUGAGCAAUAUAUAAAUUUACUUUAUCACAAGAGAAUCGGUGUCGCGUUACAAGCGAACGUUGAGACGUUGUGCUGAGGUGUGCGAACGCUAAAUAUCAUUAUAUUUUCCUUUUUUCUUUGAAAUAAAUGAAGGAGAUUUACCUUUGAUGUAUUUCUAUGUUUUUGGUGUGAAUUCAUCAAUUUAGUCAACUUUAUAGCUGUUAUUGUGUGACCCCUGUCACUUCCUUGUCCCUCCCUUGUCUUCGUUUUAUGAAGGGAGUGACAGGGGUCACACAGUAACUGCUAAAAAAGUGACACCAAAAAACAUAGGAAUACAUCAAAGGUAAGUCUCCUUUAUAUAUUUUACCAUGUAAAGUCGGUCUCUACCUCAUACAGCUCUAAAG